AUGCAGUGCUUUCUCCUGAUGGCAUUUCUCGUUUGCUCAUCAGCUGUGCGAGAUUCGAAUCACCAGGAGUCCAACUCAGGAAGAAAAGAAGUGGUUACACCGAUUCUCGAGUUGAUGUACACGCCACCCCGCGACGGCGACACAUUGAUUCUCACCUGUUUGCUGAGUCCUCAUUUCGUGUCCAACGGAUCGAAAUUCAACUGGAAGAAAAAUUCUGAAGAUCUCCCCUCAAACCGGAAAGCGCUUGUGUACUCUACAGAGGUCACUUCCCAGCUUCAUGUACCCCGAGCGAGUGCAGAACAGGACUCCGGGACGUAUGAGUGCCUCGUAGAAAGUAAUCACGAUACCUACACCGUGAGCACUUUCGUUUACUUCAAAGAACCCGUUCGUCUGGAGCCGAUAUCCGACAAGCGCGUGACGGUUGGUCGAGUCGCCGCUCUCAUGUGUACCGUAUACGAAGGCACGGAUGUAAGUUUCUCGUGGAGCAAAGACGGAUCGCUCCUCCGGCCUGGGAAUAGACUUCAGAUUCUAAGUUCACAAGACACCUCUACUUUGAGCAUUCGUGGCGUCCUCGCGUCCGAUUCAGGGACGUACACCUGCAUCGGUCAGAACAAAGUUUCCGAGGAACGAGUGUCCGCUCAAUUGGUUAUUGAAGCUCCGGUGAAAGUCGGCGCAAUCGCCGACCGGUCCACCAAAGUCGGCCGAGUAGUUACUUUCACCUGUGAGCUCCUCGAGGGAGAUGACGUGCUCUUCAAUUGGGGUUUCGAUGGCGUCGUUCUGCGUGAAGGGGGUCGCGUCCACAUCUCUACAACGCCUUUCUCGUCUACCUUGACGCUGCACGGUGUUCAAGCAAGCGAUCGCGGAACUUACACUUGUACCGGUAGCAAUUCAGUGUCUGAGGAACGUGCUUCAGCUCAACUGUUGGUGGAAGAAACGGUUCGACUUGAGCGCAUCGCUCCGAAGGAAACCGUCCACGGAAAGCGCAUAGCUUUCACAUGUCUGGCUUACCAAGGAGAUGAGGUGAAGUUCUCCUGGUUGAGGAACGGACAGCUUUUGAAAAUCGACAAUAGAGUCAACUUCUACCAAAUGGAGUCGAGCUCGACAUUGAACAUAAAAGACAUCAAGCCAACGGAUGCUGGCAACUAUUCCUGUCAUGCCUCGAACAGAAUAUCUGAGGAUACCGCGAUCGCCAUUCUGCGUGUUCAAGGCGACAUCAAACUCGGCAAGCUCCAAUCCUCGACAACUACCGUCGGGGAAACGGUGGCUUUCGCAUGUACCGCCCUGAAAGGCAAUGAUGCCGCGUUCUCAUGGACUAGGAACGGUUUCGUUCUUCGAGGGAAUGAAGGAAGAUACUCGAUUCUUGGCAAUAAAUUGACCUCUGUGCUGACCAUAGAAGAUGUGGGCCAAGAGGACUCGGGGGUUUUCACCUGCGUUGCGAGCAACUCGAGAUCCGAAGAUAGAACGUCGGCUACGCUAGCGGUCAGAGCAGAUCCCGCGGUCAUCCUCCGACAGCUACGAUCCCAAGAGGCGAAAAGUGGCGAGCCUGUCACUUUCACUUGCAGCAUCUUGGAAGGACACGACGUGAGCUACUCUUGGACGAAAGACGGGAUACUUCUUAAAGAGGACCAGAGGAUAGAAAUUGCGAGCUUGAGGAAAAGUUCAACGAUCUCCAUAGAUUCCAUCGAAUCAACAGAUGCGGGCGUGUAUACUUGCAUAGCGUCCAGCGGAGUUGCGGAAGACAGGACAUCCGCUUCUCUGGUAGUUCAAGUUACCCUUCUGGAUAGAUUGAGUCGCUGCGCUGACGGCGGCAUGACCCCGGCAGUGAUUCGUUUCGUUCUCGUGGCGAUUGUAGUGGAAUUCAGAUUUGUGCAAGGAAAUGUUGUGCUCGAAGCCUUACCGUCUGAGGUCGCGAAGGUGGGCGCAUCCGCCGUGUUCACGUGCAAAGUCAGGGAGGGUAAGAAGAUAUCGUUUCAAUGGACGAGGGAUGGUCUCGUCUUGAAGCAAAGCGAUCGAAUAGGAAUCGCCAACAGUAGGAGAUCAUCGAUGUUGUCAAUUGACUUCGUUGAAGUAUCUGACCGAGGAAAAUACACUUGUAUCGCGAGCGACAGCGUAUCGGAAGAUCGUCGGAGCGCCGAACUGUCAGUCGAAGAACACGUUCGGCUGGAGGCAAUACCAUCAGAAAUCAUUCGAGAAGGCGAGUCCACAGCUUUCAUGUGUAAAGCGAAGUUGGGUCGAGAUGUGAAGUUCUCAUGGACCAAAGACGGAAUGAUGCUCAAAGCAGGCGGCAGACUCGAGAUUUCAAGUUCCAAGAAGGUUUCCGUUCUCUCUAUCGAAACUGUAUCGGUCAGGGACAGAGGCUCGUAUACCUGCAUAGCUUCGAACCCGCUGUCUGAAGAUAGGCAGAACACAUCUCUCACGGUCGAAGACCAGGUGAGAGUUGACCGCAUCUCUCCGAAAGAAACUUCGGUCGGGAAGCGAAUCGCUUUCACUUGCAUCGCUUACCAAGGAGAGCAGGUGCGGUUCUCCUGGACGAAAGAUGGAAAAAUCGUUUCAGCGAACAAACGAAUCGGCAUCAGCUCCGCAGAUGAGACUUCGACGUUCACCAUAAAGAGCGUGAACGGUGAAGAUUCCGGAAACUACACAUGUAUUGCAAGCAAUGCGGUUUCUGAAGACAAAACGACAACUCUCCUCACCGUCGAAGGACGCUUGAUCUUGGAGCCUUUACGACCGAAAGCCGCCUCCAUCGGCAAGUCCGUCACUUUUCUAUGUGCGAUUGCGGAAGGUAGAACGGGGACGUUUUCGUGGACGAAGAAUGGAAUACUUCUGCAUGAGCACGACCGAAUCCAAGUCGCAAAUCUCAGGAGAACCUCCACUUUGAACAUCGAAGACGUUGAAACUUCGGACCGGGGGCUCUAUACUUGCACCGUGAGCGACGCUGAUUCGGAAGAUCGACAGAGCGCCUUGUUGUCAGUGGAAGAGAGAGUGAGGAUCGAACCUCUUCUUUCGAAAAACACCACCGCAGGACGACGCUCCACAUUCACAUGCUCGGCAUUCGAAGGGGAGCAAAUUGAAUUCUCGUGGACGAAAAAUGGGAAAAUUCUCUCGAACGAUCCUCAUUCGGAUAAGCUGACUAUUUCGGCCGCCGAAGGCAGUUCUGUUUUGACCAUCAAGAAAGUCGCUGGCGAAGACUCAGGAAAUUUCACAUGCAUCGCGAGAAAUGAUGUAUCGGAAGCGCGCAGCACCGCGAGUCUCCUCGUAGAAGGUUAG